AUGUCUAAUCUUGUGGCGACUCCAAACAUUCAGGACGCUGAACUAUUGGUUCCUAAGUCGUUCUUUCUUAGACCCUAUGUUUGGCCCUUUACUAUAAUCUAUCCCAUUUGUUUCCAAAUAUACUUUCAGCAUUAUGAUACGUAUAUCGUGGGUAGGGAAUGGACUUUUGUUUACUCCAUUGCUAUCAUUUCUUUGAAUUUGUUGUUUUGGUUGAUGCCUCACUGGAAUAUUGACAUUGAUGCCAAAUUCAACUAUUCUAAAGUUAAUAACGUCGCUGAAGCAAGUUACAUCAAAGUCACCCCUGCUCCAAAUUCUGGUACGGACGAAAUCUGUAAGAUUCACCGUGAAACUUUCCACGAUGGCGAAAAGCAAACCAGUUUCUUGUAUCAAAAGAGAAGAUAUUUGUUUCAUACUGAAUUGAGCAAAUUUUCUCCACCUGAAUUUGUGUUUGAUGAAUUGCCAAAAUUAUCGGUUUUCCAAAAUACCAAGGGUUUAUCUGGUGAUUUAGAAAAACAAGUUAGAAAUUACGGUCAAAACAAGUUUGAUAUUCCUAUUCCUACCUUUAUGGAAUUGUUUAAAGAACAUGCUGUUGCUCCUUUCUUUGUUUUCCAAAUUUUCUGUGUUGCUCUUUGGUGCAUGGAUGAACAAUGGUACUACUCUUUGUUCUCGUUGUUUAUGUUGGUCUCUUUUGAAAUGACUACUGUUUUCCAAAGAAGAACUACCAUGAGUGAAUUCCAAAGUAUGGCCAUCAAGCCUUACAAGGUUUAUGUUUACAGAGAUGCCAAAUGGGUUGAACUUGAAACCACCGAAUUGUUGCCUGGUGAUGUUAUUUCUGUUACUAGAACCAGCGAAGAAAGUGCAUUGCCAUGUGAUUUGUUAUUGAUUGACGGUUCUGCUAUUGUUAAUGAAGCUAUGUUGUCGGGUGAAUCUACUCCAUUGUUGAAGGAAUCCAUCAAGUUGAGACCUUCUGACGAUAAUUUACAACCAGAAGGUUUCGACAAGAAUUCUAUUUUACACGGUGGUACUAUGGCUUUACAAGUUACCAAACCAGAAAAUUCGGUUAUUCCAGUUGCCCCAGAUAACGGUGCUCUUGCUGUUGUUACCAAGACAGGGUUUGAAACUUCGCAAGGUUCUUUAGUGCGUAUGAUGAUCUUCUCCAGUGAACGUGUCUCUGUUGGUAACAAAGAAGCAUUCUUCUUUAUUUUGUUCUUGUUGAUCUUUGCUAUUGCCGCAUCUUGGUACGUCUGGGUUGAAGGUACUAGAAUGGGUAGAGUCCAAUCCAAGUUGAUUUUAGAUUGUAUUAUUGUUAUUACCUCGGUUGUUCCUCCUGAAUUGCCUAUGGAAUUAACCAUGGCUGUUAACUCUUCCUUGACCAAGUUGCAAAAAUGCUUUGUUUACUGUACUGAGCCAUUCAGAAUUCCUUUAGCCGGUAGAAUUGAUGUUUGUUGUUUUGACAAGACUGGUACUUUAACUGCUGAAGAUUUGGUCUUUGAAGGGUUGGCCGGUUUCAAUGUUAAUGAUAUUAACCAUUUAUACAAGUGUGAUGAAGCCCCAGAAACCACCUCUUAUGUUUUAGGUUCUGCCCAUGCAUUAGUUAGAUUAGAUGAUGGUGAAGUUGUCGGUGAUCCAAUGGAGCAAGCUACUUUAAAAGCAGCCAACUGGAAAGUUGGUGGUAAUGACACUGUUGAAAGAGACUAUGGUAAAAAUAGUGCUGCCAAGAGCAAGGCAUCCAAGGGUGAAAAGAUUAAGAUUUUGCGUAGAUUCCAAUUCUCAUCGGCACUUAAGAGAUCAUCUACCAUUUCUCAAGUUAGUGCCAUCUCAGGAAAGAAUUUUGUUGCUACUAAGGGUGCCCCGGAAACUAUUCGUACCAUGAUUGUUGAUGCUCCAGAAAAUUAUGAAGAUAUUUACAAGUCAUUCACUAGAGCCGGUUCUCGUGUUUUGGCAUUAGCUUACAAGUAUUUGGAUACCAGUGUUAAUGUCAACAAGGUUAAGCGUGAAGAUAUCGAAUCUGGAUUAAAGUUUGCUGGUUUUAUCGUGUUUCACUGUCCAUUAAAGAACGAUGCUAUUGAAACUAUCAGAAUGUUGAAUGCUUCUUCCCAUCGUUCCGUCAUGAUCACUGGUGACAAUCCAUUGACUGCAUGUCAUGUUGCCAAGGAAGUUCGUAUUACUACUAAGGAUGUAUUGAUUUUAGAUGCCCCUGAAGAACAUCAUGAAAUUGGUGAAGAUGAUAAUUUAGUAUGGAGAAACGUUGACGAAUCUGUUAUUAUCCCAUACAUGUCGUCUGACCCAAUAAAUGUUGAAUUGUUUGCCAAGUAUGAUAUCUGUAUUACUGGACAUGCCUUGAUGCAUUUGAGUGAACAUGCCCAAAUCUUGGAAUUGUUGAAGCAUACUUGGGUUUACGCCAGAGUUUCACCAAACCAAAAGGAAUUCAUCAUUACUUCAUUGAAGGAUGCUGGUUACAACACUUUAAUGUGUGGUGAUGGUACUAAUGAUGUUGGUGCUUUAAAGCAAGCUCAUAUUGGUGUUGCCUUGUUGAACGGUACUGAAGAAGGUAUGAAGAAGAUUGCCGAAAAUAGAAAGAUGGAAAUGAGUGCUAGAGUUUAUGACAAACAAGUUGCUCUUUUCACUCAAUGGAAUAGACCUCCUCCACCUGUCCCUGCUUUGAUUGCCCAUUUGUAUCCUCCAGGUCCAUUAAAUCCAAAGUAUUUGGAAGCUAUGGAAAAGAAGGGUGUUGAAAUCACUCCUGAAAUGAGAAAAGCUGUUGAGAUUGCCAAUAAGCAACCAUACAAGCCACCUAAGAAGACUGAUCUUGCUGUUGCAGAAUCUAAAGAAAAAGGUGGAUUUGCUGAUACUUUAUUGGGUGCCUUGAAUGAUGCUGAAUUAGAUGAUGAAACUCCUGCUUUGAAGUUGGGUGAUGCCUCGGUGGCUGCUCCAUUCACUUCCAAGUUGUCCAAUGUUAGUGCUGUUACUCAUAUCAUUCGUCAAGGUCGUUGUGCUUUGGUUUCUACUAUCCAAAUGUACAAGAUUUUAGCAUUGAAUUGUUUGAUUUCUGCUUAUUCCCUUUCUGUGUUGUAUUUGGCUGGUAUUAAGUUUGGUGAUGGACAAGCCACCAUUUCCGGUAUUUUAUUGAGUGUUUGUUUCUUGUCUAUUUCUCGUGGUAGACCAUUAGAAAAGUUGUCGAAGGAAAGACCUCAAGAUGGUAUUUUCAACAUUUACAUUAUGGGAUCCAUUUUGGGUCAAUUUGCCAUUCACAUCAUCACUUUGGUUUACAUCACUCGUGAAAUUUACAUUUUGGAACCAAGAGAACCUCAAGUUGAUUUAGAAAAGGAAUUCAGUCCUUCCUUAUUGAACACAGGUAUGUUUUUGUUGCAAUUAGCCCAACAAGUUUCCACUUUUGCUGUCAAUUACAUUGGAUUACCAUUUAGAGAAAGUAUCAAGGACAAUAAGGGUAUGUAUUAUGGAUUAUUGGGGGUUGCUGGAUUGGCCAUUGCUGGAUCCACUGAAUUCAUUCCUGAAUUGAAUGAAGCUAUGCAGUUUGUUCCAAUGAGUCAAGAGUUUAAGGUCAAGUUGACUGGAAGUAUUUUGGUUGAUUUGGGUGUAACUUACCUUAUUGAAGUCACCUUGAAGCAUUUCUUUAUGAAUUCAGCUGCUGCUGAUAUUGCCUUGAGAGAAGAUGACGAGGAUGCAGGUUAUUUCGAUGACAAGAAGGUCAUUGAUGAAGAAUAG